GUCCAACCAAUCAGAGGCCCGCGGCGGUUUUCAUCUGCAAAAUGGUGGAAAACGAAAACAAGCUCGCUGGGUAGAGUGACAUUUACAAGGUUUGCAAAUUUGAAGAAAUAAUAACCUCUUCAUGAUGUCAGGAGAUGCUUCAGAAGAGGAAUUACUCUUGAAGAAUGUUCAGCAGCUGAGAAAACGACUACAGCAGACAGAAAGAAGUCUUCACAGCCUUAACUCUAUAGACAUUAGCUCAUCACGUGGGGGUAGUCAAGGAAGCUACCAGCUCAGCAAUGACACUAGGGGUCGAAAAAGGGUAUCACAGGAUCAAGACAGGCCACCCCCACCCCUGAGGAUGGAAGAUCUGACACCAGAGGGCUCUGAUGCAGGAGGUCAUAGAAGUUACAGAUCUGGAAGCAGUAUUCCUCUUGGUUCUUCCUACAGUGAUUUCAAGAAGAAUACACCAAGUUACAGCACCCCUAAAAAAACUGUAGAACCAAGGAAACCCCCUUCCAGUACAUCCAGUGUUGUGUCAGAGUAUGAGAAUGAAACCCUGAGAAAAAAGUUGCAGUUACUCAGGGAGGAAAAUUCUCAGCUGGUCGCACAAAAUCAUAAACUCCUAAGUGAGCUAGAAAAUGCUGGGUAUGAGUUGCACCAAACCAAUACAAAGGUUAAAAAUCACUUGUCUCAGCUAGAUGAAAACAAAGAUUAUAUCUCAGAUCUGGAGGAGAGGCUAAGAUGUCAGGAUGGAGAGAUAGAGUCUCAAGAAAAAGCUCUUCGGGAUGCUGAGUCCCGCUGUGAGCAGUUUGAGAUGCAGUUGCAUGAAGCCAAAAUUGAACUGAAGAGUGUCCAAAAGCAACUAACCGAGGUAUCAGUGGAGGCGACAGAAGAAAAGAGAGUACGGAAAAGGGUUGAAGCACAGAGGGAUGAAGCUUUAAAGACAAUAGAAGAACUUCAAGAAAGCAUGGAAGAUUAUCAAAAGAAAACCAAAGACAAAAUAAAAAAGUAUCAAGAAAGUGAAGAUGGACUUAAGGACAAUUUACACCAUGCUGAUAGGGAGAGAGAGCAACUACUUUCAGAGUGCACUAAACUGAGAGAACGAGUGGCAGACAUGGAGGAAGAAAUCAAAAGGUUCCAGGAUGACUUGACAGUUGACAGAGAGACAAGGACAGACACAGAACAGCAAAACACUGAACUGAGGGCACAGCUAGCCAGGCAAACUCAGAGGAUAGGGAGGAUGGAGGGAGAGGUGCAUGCUGCAGAAGCAGUGAGACGAGAAAAUGCUGAGCUCAGGGCCAAAGUGGACCAGCAGCAGCGCCAUCUAGACUUAUGUCAGGAAGAGAUUGAGGAGAGCAGACAGCAGUUAACGCAGUUAGAAAAACUUGCCCGUCAUUUCCAGGAACGAGCAAGAGGAAAUGGAUUGUAUGGCAGUGUAGCCAGUGAUAGUGGAGUCAGCAGUACAAGCAAGCUACGCAGCAAAUCACCCAUGGGCAGAGCUCCUGACAACCAAGUAGAUGCUAGCUUUGAUGAUCAGUUGGACUUUGAGAGACCAACAUCCCCUGGUGUAGGAAGUGCUAGGGCAGUCAUAGCAGAUCUUAGAAUGAAGUUAGCACUGAAAGAUGCAGAGAUACAGAAGCUCCAGGGUAACAUACAGUCCAUGCGGUCAGCUGCUGACCAGGAUGACCGCUCUCCUUCACGUAUGGACAGCCUCAGAAAUGAGCUAUCUACCAUAGUGGAGCGAAGUAAAAUAGGUGACAGAAAAUCUCAGGAGCUGGAGGCUAUCAUUAGUAAGCUAGAGCAUGAGCGAUCCAAGAUGGCGGCCCAGCUUCUGGUCUUGGAAGAGAGGCUGAGUGACAAGGAGAGCGAAUGUGGUGCUAUAGAAACCAGGAUGAAUCAAACCAAUACACAGGUGGCAGACAUGCAGAAGGAGCUGAGUGACAGGAGAACUGAGGUGGCCAACUUGGAGAGAGAGGUUAAGAAGAAAUCCACACAGAUCUCAGCGUUAGAAGGCCAGCUGGAUGGCAAAGUCUCUGAGUUCACCAACCACAUAUCCCGCCUGCGAGAGGUGGAAAACCAGCUGCAAGAAACCUCCCUCCAGCUGAAACACUGUCAAGCAGAGUUGGACAAACAGUGUAAGGAAGCCAAGCAAACCAGUGGGGUGCUAACCAAAAUGAAACAGCUUCACUCUGAGCAGUGCGCAGAGUAUGAGAAGCAGAUCGAAGUCUUCCAGGAGAAAGAAGAGGAUAAAGUGUCUCAGAUAGAGAAACUACAGAGGGAGUUGAGUCAUGCCAGGCAGGAUCUGACCACCAAGGCCACCAGGCUGGAGCAAGUGGAGCAGCUGCUGAGGGAAACCAGACAGGAACUCCAAGGCACAACUAGGGAGCAUGAGCAGACGUUGAGAAGCUUGGAGUCACAGACGCAGCAGGGAACCAAUCAGGUGAAGCAGCUAGAGACUGCCCUGGUCACAUGUCAAGAGGAGCUGGCAGGGUGUAUCUCACAGCAAGAGGAGACAAGAGACAAGUAUGAGAGGGCACUGAAACAGAAGGAGCAGGAGGUUACAAAAAUGGAAAAGUCAUUAAAACAAGCCAAGAAGGAGGCAGAAAGCAAAGAGAACCAGCUGUCAGAGGUAGUGCGGGCCCUGGAGGAGAGACAACAGAUGCUACAGGACAGUAGUGGUAGGAUAGGAGAGCUGGAGGACAGUCAGGCACAGCUAGAGAUGCAGCUGUCAAGACUGGAGCAGGAUCUCCACAGAGAGCGGUCAUCCAUUGUCCAGGAGGUCCAGAGCAUGGAGAGAAAGCUCCACCAGGCAUGCCUGGAUCUGGAGGAGAGGGCCAGGGAGGUCAAGGAUCUCACAGACAUGGUCAAAGAGCUCCAGCAGGAGAAGUCUCGGCUGACUGAUGACGUCAGUGACUUGGAGAGACAGCUCCACCAAGAGAGCAAAGAAAAUGACAACAGGGCGUCAAGGAUAUCCAGUUUGGAGGCGGAGCUUAGGGAGGUCGGAGGUCAAUUACAGCAGAAGUCACAGAGAGUUUCUUCAAUGGAAGAGCAGUUACACCAAACAGAGGAAGAUUUAAAGGCACAGACACGGUUGGCCCAUGACUUUGACUCUGAACUCAGGAAAGCUCAGGAAGAUCUCCAUCAAACUCUGGCACAACUUUCUGACCUCCAACACCUACUUAAGAAGAGCAAGACAGACCUAAGGAAUAAAGAAGAAACUAUGAGAGAUAUGUCAGAGACCCUGAAAAAAAGUCAGACUGAUCUCCAAGAACGCAACAAGACGGUUGAAGAGCUGGACAGUUUGCUGCAAGAACGACAACAGGAGUUGGCGCAACGAGCAGCUCAUGUCACCCAGCUGGAUAUGACCAUAAGAGAACACAAGACGGACACUGAGCAAAGACUGAUAAGAUUGGAGGGGGCUUUAAAGAAAUCACAGUAUGAAACUCAGCAAAGAGCUAAACAACUGUCAGACCUGGAUGCUAGGUGUAGCUCUCUACAGCAGGAUGUCCAUGAGAAAGAUCUCCAGCUUCAGCAGGCACAACAGCAAGCCAGGAAACUGAAGGCAGACAUUGAGAACAAGGCUGCCAAGAUACAAGAAAUGGAGAGGCAUAUUGAGAAACAGAAGCAGAGAAUUGAAGAAUUGAAAGAAGAAAAUCAGGAGACAUCACAAGAGCUCAGGCUUGCUAGAGAACAACUCCAGCACCAGUAUGUAGAGGUAGCUGAGGCAAAGAGUGACCUUGCAGAGAGUCACAGGGAACAAGACAGGUUGGCAAGGGAACUGGAUGAAACUAUUGCCAUGGCACAGAAUAAAGACACAGAGAUUGCUCGUCUGGCUGAGGAACUGGGUGCAUCCCACGCCAGGGAGGCCCAGGCUGACACAAAACUUACUGCAGAAGUCAGACGAUUGAAACACGAGGUGGAGCUACUACAGGAACAACAUCAAGAGGAGAUGAACCAUUUGCGUGAAGCGCAUGCUGAAGCUUUAGCCCAACAGGAAGAGCAUGCUGCCAAAUACAGGUUGAAGGUGAAGGAGUUUGAGGAGAAGGAAAGAGCACUGCAGCACCAUCUACAGGAGACCCAGAGAGAUGUGGAGGGAGUGAAAAUGGAGUUGCACUCCAAGAAAGAUGCAAUAGAUGCUGCCAAUGAAUCUGUGGUAAUUAAAGAUGCAGAGAUUGCAAGGUUACAAGCAAGAAUCUCAGGCUAUGAGAGGGCAACCUUUGGUAUAAGGGCAACUGACCUUGACCCUUACCACCAAGGUCAAGGUCACCACAGGGCAUCCUCCCUAGCAUCUGGCUUGCCUCACAUGCUUCCAUCAUUAGGACCAAGUGUUGAUUCAAGGUCAGCUAGAAAAAGGACUGGCACUCUAAAGCGCAGCUUUUCAGAGCGUAGUCUCAAGGAUCAAUCAGCAAAUGACAGCCUUCCUUUGAAGCACACCAGUGCAGAUGACUCUUUCUUUGAGGCUACAUUCUCAGCGCUUCCUAGUAAUCCUGGUGGCAGUGGUUUUAAGUCAGGAGGUCAGAGGAGUAGGAUACCCCGUCCAUCAUCACGCUCAAAUAUCAGUGGUGUUCAAACGGCAGCUUCAGACUCUGAGACUGAUCUUGACACAUUCCAAGGCAUGCUGAAACAUGUGAACAAGAUGUACGAUCCAGCCAGUCCACCUAAGAUGGUCUCCACUAGCACAAGUCCUCUUAGGGAAAGUCCUCCCAAGAGAGACCUCUCAAAAGCAUUUGAUGCUGUGGAGGACAGACAUGGAGAACAAGGGGACGCACCUUCACCAGUGUCUUUACUGGACAAGUUACACAAGCAAAAAAUGUCCAUGACGUCACAUGGUGGGAGAUGGGAGCAGAAUCUCAGCCCUGAGCAGGGAAUGGUGGAUUUACAAGCAAGGCUGCAUCAGAAUGAAAUGAGGCAGCGACAACUUGAUCAGCAGCUGCAAGACGUUCAGAAUCAGACUUGAUAACAAAGUCUACAUCUUCAUUAUUUAACAGAAUAUAUUAGAUGACAGUUAUUCUAAUAGUCAUAUCCUUACAAAUAAGCUGAAAAGAUACAAUGCAAUCAUGAUAAAAUCACUUCUCUAGCUUUCUACCUUAUAAAAGUCUGAUAAUGUGGAAGAAGAGUAAAAGCUGAUAUUUCCAUUAUGGAAUGAGGCUGAGACUUAAACAUACUUUCCAUGAGCUUCCAAUAUUGAGUCUGGGUCUGACAGGUUUCCAUUCACUCACUCCCCUUUGAGCUCUCUUUGAGUUACCUUCAUUGACAGCUGGGUUGAGCAGCGAUUUUGUAAUUGUUAUAUUUUCUUAAUGCUAUAAGACAUUGCAUAUACAUGACAUAGUAGGUGCUGUACUUGAGUGAAUUUUGAGUAAUUUUAUUAUUUCAAUUUUGAAAAAAAUUGAAAACUUCAUCAUGAAAUUGUCUAAAACUUGGACUUUACUUGGAAAAUAUAAUAACCAAGAAACGAGUAAUUGUUAUAUAUUUUAUUCACUAAUUUAUAAUAAUAUUUAUCAUAUAUACAUGUAUUUUCACAUUAAAUAGUUUAUUGUUAUCCAUGUGAGAGGUGUAAAAGAAACGCGCAGCUAGGUGAAGUUUUGAAAGCAGCAUUAAUUGAUAUUGCAAAGUAUUAGAUUUUUUUAAUGUAUGGCGUUAAGUAUAAUGGCAUUUCUUUCUUUAUGUGAACAUUAAGAUGUAUAUGUCUUUAAGCUCAGCAACAACAAUGGCAGCCAACUUAGAUCUCAUGUUAGAUUUUAAUCAAACUGAGCUGUUAACAGUAAAACCUGGCUCAGUUCAUGGAAGUGAGAUUAUGAAGGGAUGUCUUAUGCCACAACAGUGCUUCACAUGGUUAAAAAUAAUUUUUUGGUUGUUUCACUGUAUAUGUUCAUUUAAUUCCCAUUAUUGAUGUAUUUUUGUUUGUAUUUUAGAUCAUUUGUUUUUCCAAUGUCAUCACCCCAAAGUUAAAUGAUAUACAUAGAGGAAUGCGCAUCAUAGCAAAAAUGUACAUAUUAAAGAAUUGAUAAAGCAUUGAAAGAAUAUCUAAUCAAACCCAAAUGACAGUUAAGUCCCUUUUAGCAUUGUAGAACCUGCCAAUUGUACAAUUCUUUAAUUUAUUUUAUGAUAUAUACAAAUUCCACAUUUUUGUACUGAUUUUGAUACUCAAUAUGAUGUAAAUAAACGUGUACACGAGAAUAUAAUUAUAUGGCUAAUGUAACUCUGAGGGACUCGUUGGUCUGUGUAGUGACAUUGGCAUUUUAUGGUUGUGCAGCUUUUUAACCAUUGGUGCAUUUUGAUAUAUUUGUCAUCUAUAUAAUUUCCAAUGGUUUAUUGUAAGUAAAUGAAUAUUUUUGUAUUGUUGUUGGUCAGCGUUGCAGAUAUAAUGCUGUAUUGUUGUGUUUGUCAUGUAGUCACUUAUGAAUGUAGCAGAUAUGAAAGAGGUUUCACAGUUCGCACCUGGGCUUAAGACUAAAUGAAACAGGAAGAAGAGAGUUGACUGUACAAAGAACUUUUAUUUGUGAUUCCUCACAAUAGCAUAUUUAUGUGUCAUUAUAUAGACCGAGUUCUUCCACUAUGUAACCUGUCAGAGAAUGUCUUUAUGAAUUUAAAAAAAACCCAUUGGACUAGUAAGCUGGUCCGUAAAUCGGAUAGCUAAGUAGGGAGUUUCAUACAUUUAGAAUACUCUGGAAUGCUGAAGGGGUUUACUGGCAAAAUGUUACAGUACAGUUAAUACUUGUGAAAUAUAAAUAUGCAAUGAUGUAAUAAAAGAAAUAAGUAUGUUAUAUGAUAUUUUAAAAAGUAAAUCAGUAUUGUAAACAUUGGUAUUCACAAGUCAUUUUUAUGAGUCAACCUUUACUGAAUAGUAAAUAAAUGAAUGAAAUUAUUAAAAGACUAGUGUUAUUUGGACAAUAACACAAAUGACUAUAUGCUGCACACAAAUGACUGUGCUGACUAUAUGCUGCACACAAAUGACUAUAUGCUGCACAGUACAUCUGCUAUGUAGAGGUACUGGUGUAGGCUCUUCUGUACAAGAACAUGUCCUGGCG